UAAGAGUUCUGAAUGGAUCUUUGACUGAACAAGACCGCUAAUAAUUACGAUAAAUUAAUUAUCAACAUAGAUCCUCUUCUUUACAUCUUCACAGUCGUACUUGUUCCGGGUAAAUCCUCCUUUGGAAAGUCUCCGAAGAUUCCGACGAACCAAAUUUGAAUAAAAUAAUCGCAAAUCGGGUUUAGUGAAGAAAAAUCGUAAUGGAAUUUGUACAAUGCGAUCAACGUCUCUUUUUGAACGUGGACCAAUGUUCUACGAGUAGGAGGAAGGGUAAGAAUCGCGGGUUGAUCAAAAGUGACAUACCUGCACCACCAAGGCAGAGGAAUCAGGCAAACGCCAGAGAAAGGGACAGAACGCAAAGAUUUGCUACAGAGAAACUGACUGUGUUUUCGAAAAAUUCGAAAAGGAAUGAUGGUGUAAACACUGCGUUCUCUAUACUAAGGACUCUAAUACCUACCGAACCCAAGGAUAGAAAAUUGAGCAAAAUAGAGACCCUUAGACUAGCAUCCAGCUACAUAUCACACUUAGGAACUCAACUUAUCACAGGUUCUGCAGACCAACCUUGUCUCCAGAUGUUCAAAUCUAGUGGUGAAGAACACAAUUUCAACAGAUCGCAAGUCUGUACUUUCUGUAUGGCCGGAAAGAAAAUUUCAAAACUAUGUCAUGUGGACGAUGCAUAUCAAAAUAUCAACGGCGAACACCAGUUUUACUUCGAUCCAAACUCAGAAUCAAUUGUUCUAACCGAAAAUCUACCUAAUUAUAAUCAGACUUAUCUGAUUUGAGAGAUCUUGUGUUUUUUGUUUAUAUGGCUAAGUUUGUUUGUUCUUUGUCAUAUAGAACAUUUUUCCUUCAUAUUUAAUUUGUAUAUAUGAUUAUGUAAAUAAAAGUAUAUGUUCAAUUGAA